AUGAUGUGCUUUAGAGCAAGAAAGUCUAAAACCUCCUUUGAAGAAGACGAAUCUGAAGGAUAUAAAAAACAAUAUCGUGACAAUACGAUCAGAAAAUCUCCGUCCCCACCAUCACCAUCACCACAGUUUCAACGAAGGGCGCAAACAGCAGAUCGUCGGAGUCCAUCGCCAGUUUCGACUUCAGUUUCAACAACUUCGCAGAGGUCACCACAAAAGCAACAAAAAAGUUUAUCAGACAGACCAAAUUCUGUUUUAAAACCUGCUAGUCGAAGUAAACCGAAUGAAAAGUCUGGUAGAUUACAGGCAAAUACUACACCUGAAAAACCAAAGACUUUAAUGACAAGAAACAGACAUCGUACACUUCAAGAACAAAGCUUUAAUAUCUUAAUGCGCUAUGGACAACCUGCUUACGACAAUCCUCUUCUCAAUUGUCAGUAG